CGACAACCUCAAAUUUGGUUUUGAUUAAUUGCAAAUAUUAGUUUAUAACUUUACUUACGUAUGAAAUGUGAUUCCAUCCUGUUUUUUAUUCUUGGAAGAUUGGUUUCUACACGUUUUCACUACACAAUUCGGCAUUUUCUCUAAUAAAUAUUGUUUUCUAUUAUUACGUCACACUCCGCGCGCCGGGAUAGCUCGACUGGAAAGCCAAGGCGUAGUUUCGUUGCAUGUGUGUGCGUGUAACUGUGUAUGUACACGGCGAGGCGUAGUUUUAUCGGCUUCACUUUUUUGUUCGGCAGACUCCGUCGUUACUUUUUAUUUGGUCUGAGGCUUCACAUCGUUUUAGUUUAUUGUAACGUCGUUUUUUUUCAGGUCCGUGAUCGCAAUGUGUCAAAACGGCCAUCAUAUCGUACCGCGACUAUAGAUAGGUUGACAUUAUUGUGAUUUGUUGCACCUGGUGCGUAGGUAUAGAACGGGGCCUUGGUUUCACUGAGAAAAAAAUUGCUAAUUUUCAUGGUCAUCUGACAACCGUCUCAUCUCUCACAGUCAGUCGUGACGACAAAGAUUAUUUUACAACGACAAAGGAGAAACCUUUUGUGUACAAGAAAACUUGUGAUAUUAAAAUAAGAAGAUCUUAUGAAAUAAUUAGUGGCUAACAUAUUUGGAACUAUUACGCUUAAAACAGUGUACAGUAAGUGCGUCAAAUCAAAAUGUCAACUCCUGCCAGAAGACGCCUAAUGAGAGAUUUCAAACGGUAUGUGACCAUUCUUUGUGAUAUAUUUUUAUCUAAAUGGGACACAUAACACAAAUUUCCAUCAUUUUAGUAUGCUUCGGCCUUAAACGCUUAAAAAACUAGUGCUGAUUCAUCAAAUUACAUCACUGUCAUAGUCAUCGAUUUCUAUUCUGUUCUACAUUUCCAACGUCUGACUGUUUUACCGCUUAUCCAAAUGCUAAGAAAUCAACUCUCUAAAAGCUGGUUAAAAUCUAUAUCACGCAUGUUUCUUUUAAUAAUACAAACUAGGUUAAAUCAAAGACAUCAAUUUCUUUUACUAAGUAUUCUAUUAUUUGUUACCUAUCCUUUUUUACAAUCUAUUUAUAAAAAAGUUUUUGGUAUCGUCCAUUUUCCCCUUCAUUUUUUUAUCAAUAAGUCUGUACCAAUUACAACUAGAUUAUGAGAAUUAAUUGUUUUCAGUCUCUAUAGAAUGAAUCACAAAUAUAUGUAUUAUUUUCUGGAAGUUAACCUAAACAAAAAUGUGUCUUACAUGAUUUGUCUCAUUCUUGGUAUAAAUGUAGGAUAACUUUAGAAGAAAAAAAAUACAACUAAGUCUUAUAUUAAUUAUUAGUUGUAUUAAUGGAAUUGAACUUUAUGGUAUAAAAUAUUUACCAAAAUAUAGUCAUGAACCUUAAUGCUCUCUCUGCCAUCUCUUAAUAUUGUGGCUAUGUGUUUAAAUUAAGUUGUUAGAACAGUAGGUAUGUUUUCUUAACAUACCUACUGUAUUGUCAGAUAUAGGUUCAAAAACAUAUUUAUUACUUAAAUAAAAACUAUUUAGGUGUAAUUUAAAGUACCAUCCAUCUAAUGUAAUUUAAAGUUCCAUCCUUUUUGAUAAUUUUGAAUCAUUUUGUUGUCAUAAAACAAAAUUUCAAGUUAAAGGGGUGGCAAACAAACAAAUGGUCAGCGGCCACCAUAGAUUAGAUAGACGCUUGCGGUAUAUUAUUCAAUUAUUUGUGACAAUAGCACUUUUUCACCAAGUGUAAGAUUUUCUCUAAGUAUAUCUAAAGAAAUUGUAAUGAAUAAAUUUAAGUUUUGGAUGAUCCAUUCUAGUUUACAAGAGGAUCCCCCAACUGGUGUCUCUGGUGCUCCAACAGAUAACAAUAUUAUGAUCUGGAAUGCGGUCAUAUUUGGCCCACACGAUACUCCCUUUGAAGAUGGUACAUUUAAGCUAACAAUUGAGUUCACAGAAGAAUACCCUAACAAACCACCUACAGUGCGGUUUGUGUCUAAAAUGUUUCAUCCAAAUGUUUAUGCUGAUGGUGGAAUUUGUUUAGACAUCCUGCAAAACAGAUGGAGCCCUACUUAUGAUGUUUCUGCAAUUUUAACAUCUAUACAGUCGUUACUUAGUGACCCUAACCCCAAUUCACCAGCUAAUUCAAUGGCAGCACAACUAUACAAGGAGAACCGAAGGGAAUAUGAAAAACGGGUGAAAGCAUGUGUAGAGCAAUCAUUUAUUGAUUAGCAGGGGACAGCCAGGACCUCAAAUAUCAGAGACAUUAUGCUGGAUCUGUGCUGAUGACACCGGCGAAAACCUCGAUGUAAAUUCAUUGGGACAAGUGUGUUUUACAAAUAACCCAAAAUGACAUUUUGAACUACAUCAGUUCUGUAAAUUGUGAUCUGGGUAAAUUAAUACAUACUUCAUUCAUCAUCCAUCUUAUUUCUGAAAAUCAUUAUUAAAACUACACUAUAAUGGAACAUUAUUUGUCUUAGACUAUAUAUACACCUGUUUACCACAAAAAAAGUAAUAUUAAGAAUUUUGUAAUUAGAUGUGCAAAUUUAUAAAAGCUUAUUUGCUAUUUUGAGGGUUAAUGAUUUUUUUUUAAUUGAAUUUCAGUGUUUUAAAAUUACAGUAAUGAAUUUAAAUCCAGUUUGGUUUGUUUCAACAAAAUAUGUGUAAUCAUAUUGUUAUUUUGCAUUGACAAUAUGAAACUUUCCUUGGAACUAGGCCUCAUUAUAGUAUUUGAGCUACAGCAUGUAUUAUAAGUACUAUUGAAAAUAUUGACUCCAUAUUCAUUUUCAUACAUGAAUAUUUUAUGUUAUGUUUGAUGCUAACUUAUUUAUUAGUACUACAGCUAUGUAGGCUAAUACAAUAAACUAUGCUAUUAGAAUUUCAAUGUUUGAUAUUUUUUUUUGUUCUUUAUCAAUAUUUACAUUAUAAAUAGUACAUUAAAAUAGCUUCAAAAAAUAUUAAUGUCACUCUGCUGCACAAAAAUAAUUCCAGAUCUCUGUUAGGUGUCCCAAUGGAUGUUCUAUCAAAUACUGUGUAGCAGUUUACUUGUUUUCUAAUCUAAUUUAAACUAUAAAGUUUGAAUGUCUCACAUGUUGUGAUGGCAUUUUUACAAUGUGUAAUAUUUUGUCUUCUAGUAAAAUAUUAUUUUCGGUUUUAAAAAAGUGUUUCUGUUGAGUUUUCUUUAGCAUAUUGGUGAGUGGAUGAAAGAAGCAGUGGUUGCCAAGUGAUAAAAACUGUAUGCAGCAAUUGCAUGUAGAUUCUUUCACCUUACAGAAGACUGCAGCCAAAUAACCCUUCCUAUUAUGUAGUUUUGCAUUUCUGCAGUGAAUAAGGUUGCCAGACCAGAACUCAUGAGUAGGGAAAUCGUAGAAGGACAGGGGUCUAAAAUAGUGACAUGGGAUGAAAAAUCUAAAAUAUGUUCCAUUUAUCAUAAAUUAAGUGGCAAUUUAACGGAUUCUGCGAAAUAUCUUGACGUUUUAAUAGUGUGCGCUCUCAUAGGGCUCAAACUGCUUUAAUCAGACGUCAGCGCGGUUUCAUACAAAAUCGUACCUUCAUCAGAGACCCGCGCGGGUAAUUUUUAUGAAUCCGUGCCGGCAAUUUUGUAUAGAACCGCGCGGGCGACCGCGUAACGCGAUUAGUCUUAAAGCUGAGCACGGAAGGAACGUUCGUUGCGAACAUCCACACCAUGCUCCGUCGCGGACAAUUUUCACCCAAUCCAAACCCUUUUCGGGAUAAAAAGUAGCCUAUGUCUCAAUCCAGGUUAUAUCGAGCGGCAACUCAUAACUGGAUCCCGCAGUGCAGUUAUGCCUGAAAGGUAAGGAAUAGAUCGGAAGUUGGUUUACCUGGUAGGUACGGAAGCAAGUGGGUUGGCUAGCCGCUCCGACAAUGUCUGUGGGACUAGUUUGACGUCUGCCACGUUUACGUGAGCGCACGUCAGAGUAUACUUGCACCGAAGAAUGGCCCUCAGGUCGCUCUCCGCGGGCCGAAUGCAUCACGCAAUUACCUGCGUCGCGGUGAUUUGUUAACAGCAAACCAUCGCGGCGUUGGCCAUUGUACAUAUUUAAAUAAGUAUAUAAUGCAUUUGCCCGUCAUCUAAAAAAGGUCAUCAAUUAUAAGUUUACCAACAAUCCAAAUCCGUUCAGUAGUUUUUGCGUGAUUGAGUAACAAACAAAAAUACAAACUCACAUUUAUAAUAUUAGUAAGUAACUAUGUAAAAAUGAUAGAUGUAGAUAAGACUUGCAACGAAUAUUCAGUUACUAUUCGGUAUUCGGCCUAUUCGGCUG